AUGGCUUUUCAUUUAAGAAAUUCAAGAAAAUCGCCGCUCUCCGCAUCCACACAGGUCCACAAAUUCCUCGCCGGAGAUGGCGGCCGACCGUCACUCUUCGCCGCAGGAUUACACUCUCCCGUCCACGGACAAGACACGCCGUUACGAGGGCGAGGAGUUCAAAGAGAGAAAUUUGACGGUAGCUCUCUGCCCAUGUAUUUUCUGCUUAAUUCUUUUACUCGUAGUAGCAUCAAUCGUACUCGUUGUCAAAUUCCGUUUGUACUGCCAUACCCCUCUUCACUCUCUCUUAAAAAAUGCCUGCCGGCAAUAAUCCCACACCAAAAUCCCCCACUUUGCUUGAAUAAAAUUAGGCCCUUUUGUAGCGAUGUCAAUUCAGUCCAUACCGAUUCCGAAUUCGAGAGCGACAUCGAAAAUGAAUCAGCUUCUGCCGAAUUCGAGGCCAAUUUGAAGGAGGUGGAAACAGUAUGCAAGAGAUUCAAUCAUGCUCGAAAACCCGCGUUUCGGUUCUUUCGUUGGGCUGGAGAUAGACCUGGAUUCUCUCAUGAUUCGACCACUUACAAUGCAAUGAUGAACAUUCUUGGAAAGACCAGACAAUUCCAGACAUUGGUUUCUCUCCUCGAUGAAAUGGGAGAGAAGGGUUUUCUCACGAUGGAGACCUUCACCAUGUGCAUCAAAGUCUUCGCCGCUGCAAAGGAGAGGAAAAAGGCAGUUGCCAUUGUCGAUUUGAUGAAGAAAUAUAAUUUCAAGGUUGGAAUAGAGACCGUUAAUUGUUUGCUCGAUGCAUUGGGUAGGGCCAAGCUCGCAAAAGAAGCUCAAACGUUGUUCGAGAAAUUGGAGCACAAAUUCGCCCCAAAUCUAAAAACGUACACAAUCUUGAUCAACGGUUGGUGCACGGUCAAGAAUUUAAUGGAAGCCGCUAGAAUGUGGAAUGAAAUGAUCGAUAAAGGGUUUAAACCCGAUAUCGUAGCCCACAAUAUAAUGCUCGAAGGGCUGUUGAGGAGUCAUACAAGAUCUGAUGCAAUCAAGUUGUUCGAGGUAAUGAAAUGUAAGGGCCCACUUCCUACUGUUAGGAGUUAUUCUGUAUUAAUCAAGAAUCUAUGCAAACACGGCCACUUAAAAGAAGCUAUAGACUAUUUUGACGAGAUGGUCGAUUCUGGAUGUGGGCCUGAUGCUGCGGUGUACACAUGUUUGAUGACUGGUUUUGCGAAUCAAAAAAAUAUGGAUAUAGUUUAUGGGUUAUUAAACGAGAUGAAGGAGAAAAAUUGCCAGCCCGAUGGCCGAUUGUACAAUGCAUUGAUCAAGAUGAUGGUGAAUAGAAGAAUGCCCGACGAAGCGGUGAAGAUAUACUAG